ACUUCCAGUUAGAUUUUCAAAAUUAGUCUUAAUGGAUUAAAUCUUUGAUUUUCACAGGUUGGUUAUUUAUUUAUUUAUUUACUUUCCACCAACUCUGUCUUGAACUGCUUGAGUGGCAUGCUUGGGGACAUUUGUAGAGACAGUAAUUACUCUCUAGUGGGUGAUUUGGUUUAAAUCAGUUCACAGAUCAGCAGAAAUUUCUUCAUCCCUUUGCCCUUUUGCUCAGUAUUAAGUGGUAUAUUGGGCUGUUGUGAUGGAGCCUCCUGGUGACUUCCCUUCUUUUAAUAAAAAUAAUGCAUAGGAACAGGAUCCUAGUGGUGAAUGAGUCUGAUAUAACAGCAUAAUUCAUUCCUAGAUGAAAAUAAAAAGAACAACUUCUCAAUUUUUGUAGAAAAGCGCAUCGUCUCCUUGCUACACAUCUUAUUAAAGCUGUGGCCAUGACUUAAAGAUCUCGUUCCCAUGUGUUGAUGAGCUGUGAACUGCCACUCGUUGUUUUGAUGAAGAAGGGAUCCCACCAGCUUUGUUGUCACUUUAUUUGGAUGGAUUAUAAAUGAACUGCAUUUCGUGGAGUUUGUUAUCUAAUGUUGACCAGAAGGAUGUCUAAUUGCGCAUGCGCACAUAGAAAUGACUCCACAGUGGCUGCAGACUGAUGAAUCUAAUUAAUGAAGUCGUGGUUUUAUGUGAAACUCAGAUGGAACAUUUUAACUGCACACACAGAGAGAGAGAGAGAGAGAGAGAGAGAGAGAGAGAUUUGGGUGGAUUGUGUGGGGAGAAUUGGGGAUCAUGGGAGCUGGACAGAAGCAGAGUGUGUGUUAAUGCUGCAGUAAAACCUGCGGGGGUGGAGAGCUUAAACAUCUGUACCACUCACUCACACACACUCUCACACACACACAGAGCAACAGUCAGCCGCACACACCACCACCAGCUUGGACUUUUCUCUCCUACUAACUUACAGGCUGUGUUAAGAUGAAGUGUGUGUGUGUUUGCUACAUGCUGCCGUCUGCAGUUAUUCUCAUGCUGACUUUUUCAUUAAGCUGCGGGACUCCGUCGAUAUACAGUUUAUUCCAAGGCGCCCCGUAUUCCAGCUCGAGCCCGAAACAACGCAACAAAAACUGGUGUGCCUUCGUAGUGCACAAGAACGUGACAUGCGCUGUGCUGGGAAUGACAGAAAGUGUGGAGUCCAACAAUGCACCCUGCCCUGCACAUCAGCCCCAUUGUACUCAAACCGGAAUAUACCGCGUUCACACAAGACCAACAUACAAGGUGGGCUACAAGCAGGUGACUGAGCUGGAGUGGAGGUGUUGCCCAGGUUACCGUGGUUAUGACUGCAUGGAGUUCAAGGAUGCUCUGUCACCUUCUCAAGUUCUCCACGAACCACAACCAGAUCUGCCAUCUGUCCACAAACCACAACAGAGUGUGCUCGGACCAGAUGUUUCUUCUGGUGCCCAUCCUUGGACACAACCUGGGCAAAGUGGACAAAUCAGGCACCCUUGGACUGAGGGUGGAGAGUCUGGAAGACAGGAGGGUCAACAUGAUAGUCGUCGAGUUCGAGAGUUAGAAGAGGAAGUACAGCGUCUUUCUCAAACAGUCCUUGACAUGCAGGCUGCCAUGACUACUGCCAAUGCUAACUUGCGUCUAGAUCUGCAAGAAGAUGCAAGCAAGAUAAUCCUGAACCUACUUGGCCAUCUGCGACAACCACAGGAUGCACUAACUGGAGGCACUGAGAGCAUUGUGCUGCCCUCAGACUUGACAAUUUCUCCAGUUCCUGAUGAGCUUCAGAAUCAGGUCACCCACCUUUCCAACACAAUCAGCACCAACACCAACACCAUUCAGGGCCUGGAAGCUAAGCUCCAGCAGAUUGAAGGCCAGAUGAACCAGCUAAAAGAGGCAGCCAGUGGUACCCCGAUUCCACUCCCUUCCUCUGCCUUGGCCACUGAGUGCCCAUGCCAAGCUUACAUUGAUGACAAACUUGAAGCUCUCCGUGUGGAGCUGAUGGAAGGAAUGGACAUUAAGAUGGCUGAUUUGAAGAACUCCUGUGACUACAAAGUGGAGUCAGUCAAAGAGCAGUGUGAGGAACAGGAGAACUCCUACCUAAGUCUUGUUGAGCUCCUUGAAUCCAAAGAGGCUGACCUGCGCCAGGAAAUCCAGGACCUGAGGCACCUUGUUUCAAAUAGCACUUCUAAAGGAUUGGAGGUUGCACAGUUUCAAGAUGAGAUCCAGAGUCUGAAGAAUGUGCAUCAGAGCUUGGCUAGUGCUGUAAAUGCAACAAACAAGCAACAGAAGGCUUUAGAGGAGGCACUGAACACAAGGUUUAGCCUAGCGGAAAAGAGUGCAGAAAAGCACUGCCUCAAACUUGAGGAAAAGUUAAGAAGUGAGCGGGCAAAGCAACAGGAGGCACAGAACAAAACUCUGGAGAGCAAGAUCAGUGCAGCUCUACAGGUCUUUGGAGACAUGCAAAUGCACACCAUACCAACAGAUAGCCAAAAUAUAUUAGAGAUGGAAAAACAGACGCAGAGUCUGAAGGGUGAGGUGAGCUCUCUUAUGCAGCAGGUUACACAGUUGGAGGGCUUAGUCCGAAUUCUCAAUGAGUCCAUAAGUCAUCAAAGUCAUAUGGACGGUCUGUAUAACAAACUAGGUGAACUGGAGGAAGCUUGUGGGAGGAGCCAAGAAUCAGCCAAAAAAGUGGAGGAAAUGUUGUCUGGAAUGGAUGGACGGGUGGCCAAUGUUGAACGGGUCUGUGGCAGAUUGGAGCCAAUGUCAGACAGUCUUAACAGAAUUAAAGAUGGACUCAACAAACAUGUCAAUGGCCUCUGGAACUGUGUCCGAAAGCUCAACAGCACUGUCCUCACUCACUCUACAGACAUCAGCAUACUGAGAGAAAAUACACACUCCACAGUGGGCGAGCAGCAUGGAACCACCGACAUGCCGCUGUAUACAGGUCCAGGUGCUCGUUCUGGUAUGGAGGACUCUAGUGUUCUCAUGGAGGAAGCUGCUCCAGUUUUAGAGUCUGGAGAAGCAGGGCCACCUGGAACCAAGCUUUCAUCACAUCCCCCUCAGGGCAGCAGUGGCAGUAAGACACCUGUUAAGGGCUAUGCUUCAACUCCAGGCUUUUCUCCAUCAUCCCCAGUCUCUGUUACAGCUCAUAUCCUUUCAGGUCCUAUGAGUGUAAGUGUUCCUGUGUCCUUUUCGGCUGGUCUGACCCUCUUCCCAUUUUCUGAAGAGGUCGGCAUCAUCCGCUUCAACAGAGUGCUGCUGAAUGAUGGAGGCCACUAUGACCCACAUACAGGUGUGUUCACUGUGCCCACUAAUGGCCGAUACCUGUUGAGUGUCGUGAUAAUGGCCCAGAAAGGAGAACGAGUGGAAGCAGUCCUCUCAGUGGCCAAUCGCAGCAUCCAGAAGCUCGACACGGCUGGAGCAGAGGGUGUGGCCUCUACAGGGUGUCUCUGCGGAGGCUCUGCCUCUGCCAGCCUUGUCCUUGAUCUUAGACAAGGUCAGAGGGUGGGGGUCGUAAAGACAUCAGGAACUCUGGCGAUUUCAGCAUCCUCCGAGGUUCUUUCCACAUUUAGUGGAGUUCUGCUUUAUCCCUUGUCAGCUGAAAGAUAACACGAAGCUAAGAGAAUGCAUCAUAUAAGUCUGACUUCAUUCUUGGAGUGUCAUAUAAAUGCACAAAGCAAGUAGAGUUGCCAAUAAUAAUGCAUCAAGGUAGUCAACAGAUUUUAGGGUCAUAUUUUAAAGGGGCUAAAUGUCAAUAAAUAUGUUCAUGUUUAAUGUUAAUGUUAAAUAUGUUAUACCACAUACCGUCCACUUUAAUAGGAACACCUGUACACCUGCUCAUUUAUGCAGUUAUCUAAUCAGCCAAUCAUUUGGCAACAACACAAUGCAUAAAAUCAUGCAAAGAACCUCAAGGUUUGAUGUGUCGAGAUGCUUUUCUGCUCACCACAGUUGUAAAGAGUGCUUAUUUACUAUUAAUUACUGUAGACUUCCUGUCAGCUCAGACCAGUCUGGUCAUUCUCCUCUGAUCUCUCUCAUCAACAAGGUGUUUCAGCCUGCAGGCCCUCUGCUCACAGGAUGUUUUUGCUUUUCGCAACAUUCUGUGUAAAAUCUAGAGACUGUUGUGGGUGAAAAUCCCCAGAGAUCAGCAGUUUCUGAAAUACUCAAACCAGUCCAUCUGGCACCAACGUGGUUGCCACGGUUAAAGUCACAGAGAUCACACAUUUUUUCCUCUUUCUGAUGUGAAUAUUAACUGAAGCUCUUGACCCGUAUCCCCAUGAUUUUAUGCAUUCUGCUGCUGCCACAUGAUUGAAUAGCUGCAUAAAUGUACAGGUGUUCCUAUUAAAGUGAUCGGUGAAUGUAUGUUUCAGUUUUGGUAUACAUUUAACACCACAGUUCUUUGGUAUACAUUUAACACCACUCAGCUUCUAAAAAAAGAUAUGACAUUUGAAUAAAAUGUCAAAGAGAAUAUGUAUUUUGGUGCUCAUAGGGUUGUUAAAUUUGUCAAUAAAUUAAAAAAGGACUUUAGCAAAUGAAGCUUCCAAAGAGAUUUAUCAGCAUAAACCUUGUCAUGUCAGUAGUCAGUGUGCAGUGUAACCACAAACAGGAAUUACAUUCACAUUUUAAAGAUCUUAGUUAAAUGCAGGAUAUAUUUUACUGCCAAGACCUCUUAUAAUGACAUUCAAACUCAGAUUUCUUGAAUUUAAUUUAAGUAAUUUUGUGCUAAAUUGUUGUAUCAGUUACUAAAAGUAAAGACAUUUUAGAUAGUGUGAAGAAUCUUCCAAAACGAAGAAACAGAAAAUGACAAAUUUGUAUACAAGGACAGUGUUAAGAUAAACUGCCUCAAUUUUGCCAAAUGAAAAUGUGCAUUAUUGUUUAUACAGACCAGUGUUUCUACUGCCAUUAUUUGGAAAUCAUUAUUAUCAAAGCUUACAUUAUCAAAUUGUGUAACUGGUGUAAUGAGCACAAAGCAGGAACUCACAGCAGUGGAAUGUUGUGCAUUCCCAUGGGGUCUUGUUUUGGGGAACCAAAGUACUUCCUUUCAGGUGUUCACCAAGAGUAUCGUUAUCUUUCUUUACAGAGUAUGUGCAAAUAAAAUAUUAGAUUUGCCAUUGUUUAAAUAAUUGCCACUAGAUUUAUUUAUAUUCAUAAAAUAUAUCUGUGUUCCAUGAAGGAGUGAGGCUUGAACAUGCUUGAAAGGCUGUCUAAAAGAAAGUAGUUUUGAUGCCCAAAAAGAAAGUAGUUAAAUAUAUGUUUUUUCACAGUGAUAGCAUCUGGAUUUUAUUUAUCAAUAAUAAUAAGCCAUGCAAUGCUUGUGUGUGGAGAAACAAUCAUUCUAUAAAAUCCUGUUUCUAGAGUUUUUCCUUUUUUUGUACUCGAACAAUAGAUUGUAAACAUCAGUGCAUUUCAUUUAUAGAUAAUUAAAUACAUUUUCAAAUAAUAGAUAAUAAUUGUGUGUCAGUGUGUGUGUGUG